AGACACCUGAACUUCACAGUCGAUUGAUACCUACACAGGAUUUUACUUUGCCAGUCCUUAACAGGAAUCCUUAAACCUUAUCUACAGCAAUGGAAGGAGCACCAAACCCAACCAAGAAGGUCUCUAGCAACAACCAGACUGGAGCAAGAUGGAGUGAUGCAAGCCAAGACCAGAGUCUGAGCAGCAAUCAACAAAGCCAGACCAGUGCUCAGCAGGGCAGUGCUCAGCAGGGCAGUGUCAGCGAUAAAACUCAAACCAGCGGUCAGCAGAGCAGCACCCAGACCGGUGGUCAAACCCAAACCAGCGGUCAGCAGAGCAGCAGCCAGAUCGGUGGUCAAACCCAAACCAGUGGUCAGCAGAGCAGCAGCCAGACCGGUGGUCAAACCCAAACCAGCGGUCAGCAGAGCAGCAGCCAGACCGGUGGUCAAACCCAAACCAGCGGUCAGCAGAGCAGCAGCCAGACUAGUGGUCAGCAGAGCCAGAGCAGUAGCCAAACAAGUGGUCAGCAAAGUCAGACCAGCGGGCAAACCCAAUCCAGUGGUCAGCAGAGUCAGACCAGUGGCCAGCAGAGUCAAACCAGUGAUCAAACCAGUGGUCAGCAGAGCCAGACCAGUGAUCAAACCAGUGGUCAGCAGAGCCAGACCAGUGAUCAAACCAGUGGUCAGCAGAGCCAAGCCAGUGGCCAACAGACCCAGGGCAGUGGACAACAAACUGGUGGAUCUCAACAAGGAAGUGCAUGGCCAAGCACCUGCAGCACCGGCAGCAGCAGCACCGGCAGCGGCAGCAUCAGCACCAGCAGCGGGAGCAGUAGCACUGGUAGUGGCAGCAGCAGCACCACCAGCAGCAGCACCACCAGCAGCGGUCAGAGCCAGGCUGGAGGUCAGCAAGGAGGGCAAAGUCAGGACCAGUCAUCUUCUUAUUACUUUAGACAAGGAAGAGAUAAGCAGCAGUAAACCUGAUCAAUAAUGAAAUCUCUGUAUUAAUCUAACGUCAGUUCUUCCUCUUCCUGUAUAACCUCUAGAAUUAGUAAAAAUUGUGGCAAAUCAUAUAAAUAAAAUCAUAUUAUUUCAGCAGCUA